CUGCCUUCCUCUGAGGUCUCGUGACUGAGCUCUCAUGACACUACUACACCAGGUGGACAACAGACCAAAUCCAGAAAGAACUCAAAAAGCAGAAGACAUUACCCAAACAGCACUCUCCCAUUGGGAUCAUACGGCGAGGUAACAACACUAUGGAGAAAGACCUUGCAGGCCAACGAAGAGAAGGCUUUGAACAUUCUGACGUAUUUUAUUUCUCCAAGAAGGGAAUUGAAGCUAUUGUUGAAGAUGAGGUCACUCAAAGAUUCUGCUCAACAAUGCCUGCCUCUUGGAACCUUUUCACCAGAACCAACAUAAACUACCAAUACCUCAAUCUGAAGCUGACCUUUGUGUGGUUCAUUGGUAUUCUGUUUCGCUAUUUAUUACUUUUUCCUUUACGUGUGGUCUUAUUUGCAGCUGUUGUAAUUGUCCUGGCUGUGGGAACCAUAGCAAUUGCCCAGCUGCCUAAGAGCAGAAUUAAGUUCCGGUUGGGCCGCUGGCUCCAGCAGUUUUCCGUCCGUAUGGGUAUGAAAGUGAUGAAUUAUGUUGUUCAAUACCACAACCAGGAAAACAAACCCUUAAAUGGAGGCAUUUGUGUUGCCAACCAUACUACUCCACUGGAUAUUCUCCCUUUGAUGUAUCAUGUACACUACUGCGUGGUUGGCCAAGUUCAUACAGGAUGCAUUGGUUUCUUUGAGAAUCUGGGUCUGAAGACCUCUGAGCACAUUGCGUUUGAACGCUCUGAAGUGAAAGAUCGUCAUGCUCUCAGAAAACGGUUAACUGAGCACAUCAAAAAUAAGAUAAAUCUCCCAGUUCUGAUUUUUCCGGAGGGCACCUGUAUCAACAACACCUCAGUAAUGAUGUUUCAGAAGGGAGCCUUUGAAAUAGGAGCAACCAUUUAUCCAGUGGCAAUGAAGUAUGACCAAUUAUUCUCAGAUCCUUACUGGGAUAGCACUAAAUACAGCAUGUGGAGAUAUGCACUUAGGCUUCUUGGCAGCUGGUCCUUGGUGUGUGAUGUGUGGUACUUGCCACCAAUGAACAAAAAGGAAGAUGAAGAUGCGGUUCAAUUUGCCAGUAGAGUACAAUCUAAGAUUGCUGCCCAAGCAGGCCUGACUUUGCUGCCCUGGGAUGGAGGACUGAAAAGAAAAAAAGUCAAAGAUUCUUUGAAGAUGCAGCAGCAGAAGGAAUAUAGCAGGAUAAUGGAAGGGAAAGGACCUUGUCUGAACUGUAAAGAAACACCUGCCUGUCAAAAUGGACCUUAAGAUUCUAGGAUUUGGAGCUGAUCCUGCAAAAAGGACUAGAACCAAAUUCCCUUCAGCAGGGCUGUGUGCCCUGAAACCUACUACUUUGGACUGCUUUUCUUCCCCACCUCUCCUCUAAAUUCACCAGGAGCAUUUCCAGAUGGGGCUUUUAGCUAGGAACGGAGGGGGUGCGUUCGCACAUCAGCCGAAUUAGUGCAGAAGUCCAUGCGAGAUAUUGGAAAGCACUUCACACAUAAUUCGGGUUUUUCAUUGCACAUUGGAGCUUAGCCCAAUUUAUGUCUGGGGUAAAAAAAAUCCACUUUUCAUGUCUGGGUUUUUUUAGACAAAUUCGAACUCACAGUAAACUUGUGGUAAAGCCUCCUGUCUGGGAAAGCUCCAGCAGGUGCUGGCAGGAGUCGGAUCACUUCAGUGGUGCAAGCAACCCAAGCCUUGUGCCCUUGGGGUUGUUGUAAUGUUGCCAAGAUGCAACCAUUGGGUUACACAUUUUGGAUCAUGUGAUGCAGCAACCUAGAGUUGCAAAAGCACGUCACAGGCCAGGCUUCAGUUCUGAAGAGAGGGAACUCAGAGCUCUACCACACGCGCACCGGGUACUUCCUGUUACGUCCGGCCGAAGAGGACACGGGGCGGCGGGGAAGUACACUGCCGCCCCGACGGACACUUUUAAAAUGAAGCGCUGGCAGGGGAAACGCGGUGGGAGGGGUAAGGGCACCUCCCCCCGCCCUUAAAUGUAUGCCUCCUGCCU